AUGAAUUUUGCACGGCCAUAUCAAGAAACCACCGUGGUGAAUCCACCACCGAGUGGUGGUGGUGGUGGAGGACAAGGCACGAAACCACC